GCGGCACCCAGAUGAGUAGACAGGGAUAAAGGUAGAGCGGAUCCUGUUGGAGGUCAAGCUGGAGGACAAGUAGCAGGACUGUAGGGAACAAGCACCCAUUCAGAGCUGUCAGCAGUGCCUGCCAUGAAGUGCUGUCCAAUCUGCAUCUGUGGAUUCAAGACACCCUGUGCCAUAUGCAACAAAGCAGCUCCAAAAUAUAACCAAGCCUCCACCAUGCUUCUUAGUAGGUACAGUGGGUGCAGACGUUAUCAUUGUCCACAUCUGGCCUCUGGAAUAUAUGGCAAGCCUGAAAAGUCCAUCCUGAUAUCUGAAUAUACAGAUAAAUACCCUGCACACCAGUAUAGACCAGUGGGCUCCUACAAACCAACAGAUGUCUAUGAAAAAUCAUCAACGGAGAUAGAGUGCUUGUCCACUUUCAGAGCAGAUUAUGUCCCCCACAUGGUAGUCCCCCGAAAACCCAGAGUUUGCAGCAAGUAUGAACCUAACAAAGAAUACAUGGACAUGGACACUAUCUACAAACAAGACUAUUGUCCACAUCUUGUUAGACCACCAGUUGCUUACAGACCUCUUCAGUGUAAACAAACCUGCAAGGACAAGAUGGACUUAAUAACUACAUAUCAAGGUGAUUACCAAUUAUGGAAUUUCUCCAAAAGAGAAUCGAGGAGACCAGCCAAUACUUACCAUCCACCAAAGGAGAGCUUUGACAUGAAGUCUACAUUUCAAGACCAUUUUCGGUUCUGGCCAAUUAGACCCACACAGUCCUAUAAACCAGUACAUUUGUAUACAGGAUCCUUACCGCCUGUAAAUUAUAUAACAAAUUAUAAGCUAGAGUAUGUGCCAUACCAGAUAGAAAAAAUACGUGUUCAUAAAAAGGAAAAUUAUAGACCCAAUGAAGAGCCAUUUGAUUGCCUUACUACUAAUAUGAGAGAUUAUAAAGGUCUACCGGGAAAUGCAGCAAAAUUAAUAAAACCCAGAUACUGCUUAAUGGACUCAGAUAUGCCAUUCAGUGGAAUGACUGAAGUUCAGGACAAGUAUCAAAUAUGGCCUAUACCACCAUCCCUUAUAAAAAAGACUGUUACCUAUAAGAAGCCUACAGAUAAAAUGGACUUCAUGUCAACUACCCAGUAUGAUUUCACACCACACGUUCUUCAACGGCAGGCACCAUGUAAGCCAGGCAAAAAACUCAGGGAGUGUUCUAAAGCUUUUGAAGCAAGUUCAACAAUGAGAGAAGAUUUCAAGCCUUGGCAGUGCAAGAAGGCAUCCCCGGUGCUGCCACAAUUAAAUCUUGACCUUCCAGUAGGCUCAUUUGAGAAUACAACUACUACUAGACAUGACUAUGUCCUGUACCCUCUCUCGCAAGCCAUGUCUUUCAGAACAGUUGAUAAAACAUUUCACAAAGAUCUGCCCGGGUAUGUUUAUCUUGGGAUGGACUCUCUUGGACACAUGCAGAACAAAUUACAGUCUAAAAAAGAAAAUAAAUCUGACUUUACUCACACAACAGCAGUUCCACUAUCUGCCGAAUGUUUUCCACCAGAAAAAAACUUUGUGUCACCCAGUAAAAUGUAAAAUGGUUGGGUCACGUGGAAAUAAACAUUGGUAAU